GUUGACCGACCCGCAAACCGCCUCUCUGUGGCACCUGCAGCAGCCUGCACAAAACAACACUCCAUCCAGAGCGUCGCUUCCCUUUAGUUAUUUCUUUGCGCGUCAGGCACAAACGGCUCUUCUGUCACCCUCCUUCCCGUGAUUCUCCUUCUCUUUUUUUGAUCAGCGAAUUGGCUGUUGUUGCUCUUUCUAAUUGAGCUUCUUGCAGCUCCUGCUGAUUUAUUACGACUCCUCCCUCAAUUCUCCGGCCUGCCGAGCUCCACCAAUUCCCAAGCCCCUUUCAACGUCACUGCGUUUGGAGCGUUCAACUUCUUCCAUCUGACGCCAGCAACUUUUGACAAGUUGGCUGCUAAUUCUCCGUAAACUGCGCGCCCCCAAGCGCAAAACCGACUUCACCAUGGCCGCGCCUAAUUUACCCAUCAAAUUCCAGGAGCUGCUCCAGCUCAGCAGCCUGGGUGUUGGGCCAACUGCUAUCACAUUCAACACUUGCACAUUAGAAUCAGACUCGUACAUCUGCAUCCGAGAUAAGAAGGACGAAGCCUCUUCCCCCGAAGUCAUCAUCGUCGACCUCAAGAAUGGCAACAAUGUCAUUCGCCGGCCCAUCAAGGCCGACAGCGCCAUCAUGCACUGGACGCGUCAGGUCAUCGCCCUCAAGGCCCAAUCGCGAACACUGCAGAUCUUCGACCUCGAGCAGAAGCAGAAGCUCAAGUCGACCCAGAUGAGCGAGGACGUGGCCUUCUGGAAGUGGAUCAGCGAGACCACGCUUGGCUUGGUGACAGAGACAUCCGUCUAUCAUUGGGAUGUUUUUGAUCCGACCCAGGCGGCACCUGUCAAGGUGUUUGACCGCCACAGCAACCUCACAAAUAACCAGAUCAUCAACUAUCGGACGAGCGCUGAUGGAAAGUGGAUGGCCGUCGUUGGCAUUUCGCAGCAACAAGGCCGCGUUGUUGGAGCCAUGCAACUGUAUUCGAAAGACCGCGGCAUUACCCAGGCCAUUGAAGGCCAUGCCGCUGCCUUUGGCACUAUUCGUCUCGACGGUGCCCCCGAGGACACCAAGCUGUUCACCUUCGCCGUGCGGACCGCCUCCGGAGCCAAACUUCACAUCGUGGAAAUUGACCACCCGGAAACGAAUCCUGUCUUCCAGAAGAAGGCAGUAGAUGUGUUCUUCCCGCCAGAGGCCGGCAGUGACUUCCCCGUUGCGCUUCAAGUGUCACAGAAGUAUGGUAUCAUUUAUUUGAUCACCAAAUACGGAUUCAUUCAUCUCUACGACCUCGAAACUGCUACAUGUAUCUUCAUGAACCGCAUCUCGGGUGAGACCAUCUUUACAGCUUGUGGCGACAGCAGUUCGACUGGUGUCGUCGGUAUCAAUCGCAAGGGUCAGGUACUCUUCGUUAGCGCCGAUGAAAACAAGAUCGUACCCUAUGUGUUGGAAAGCCACGGCACCGAGCUGGCCCUCAAGCUGGCGUCGCGUGCUGGUCUUCCCGGUGCUGACAACCUCUAUCAGCAACGGUUCGAGCAGCUGUUCAGCAACGGAAGCUACCAGGAGGCUGCUAAGGUCGCCGCCAACUCGCCCCGUGGUUUCCUGCGGACACCCCAGACGAUAGAGCGUUUCAAGCGGCUUCCGCAGCAGCCUGGCUCCAUGUCGCACAUCUUGCAAUAUUUCGGCAUGCUUCUUGACAAGGGUGCUCUGAACCAGCACGAAACCCUUGAGCUUGCUCAACCCGUGCUUGCCCAGAACCGGAAACAGCUCCUGGCGAAGUGGCUGGAAGAGAACAAGCUCGAGUGCUCCGAGCAACUUGGUGACAUGGUCCGCCCGCAUGAUAUGCCCAUGGCCCUCAGCAUCUACCUGAAGGGCAAUGUGCCCAACAAGGUUGUCGCUGGCUUUGCCGAGUUGGGACAGUUUGAUAAGAUUCUCCCCUACUGCACUCAGACUGGCUAUCAACCAGACUUUAUUCAACUUUUGCACCACAUCGUCCGCGUGAACCCAGAGAAGGGUGCCGAGUUCGCGACAGCACUUGCCAACAAUGAAGGGGGCUCGCUUGUUGACCUCGAGCGCGUCGUGGAUAUCUUCCAAUCGCAGGGCAUGGUGCAGCAGGCUACCGCUUUCCUUCUCGAUGCUCUCAAGGACAACAAGCCUGAGCAAGGCCAUCUCCAGACCCGCCUCUUGGAGAUGAACCUUCUCAAUGCCCCCCAGGUUGCUGAUGCUAUCCUCGGCAACGACAUGUUCUCCCACUUCGACAAGGCCCAGAUUGCCAAGUUGUGCGAGCAAGCAGGAUUGUUCCAAAAGGCUCUGGAGCUCUACGAGGACCCCGCAGCCAUCAAGCGUGUUGUCGUAGGCAUUGCCGGGGCGCCAAACUUCAACCCCGAGUGGUUGAUUGAGUACUUCGGUCGCCUUUCCGUCGAGCAAUCCAUUGACUGCCUCGAUGCUAUGUUGAAGCACAAUAUCCGCCAAAACCUCCAGUCCGUUGUGCAGAUUGCCACCAAGUAUGCCGAGCUUCUCGGGCCCCAGCGUCUUAUUGACCUGCUUGAGAAGUACAAAACCGCCGAAGGUCUUUACUACUUCCUUGGUAGCAUUGUCAACGUUACCGAUGAUUCUGAGGUUGUCUUCAAGUACAUCGAGGCUGCUACCAAGACGGGUCAGAUCCGCGAGGUUGAGCGCAUUUGCCGUGACAACAGCGUCUACAACCCAGAGAAGGUCAAGAACUUCUUGAAGGAGGCCAAGCUCAGCGAGAUGCUUCCACUCAUGGUGGUGUGCGAUCGUUUCAACUUUGUACACGACUUGGUCCUCUACUUGUACCAGCACCAGCAGUUCAAGUCCAUCGAGGUGUACGUGCAGCAAGUCAACCCUUCGAGGACUCCCGGUGUUAUUGGCGGCUUGUUGGAUGUCGACUGCGAUGAGAACAUCAUCAAGAACCUUCUCAGCACAGUCAACCCAGUAUCUAUCCCCAUCGAUGAGCUUGUCCAGGAGGUCGAGACCCGCAACCGUCUCAAGUUGCUUCUUCCCUUCCUCGAGGCGACCCUGGCUGCUGGCAAUCAGCAGCAGGCAGUGUUCAACGCUUUGGCCAAGAUUUACAUCGACUCCAACAACAAUCCUGAGAAGUUCCUCAAGGAGAACGACCAGUACGACACCCUCACUGUCGGAAAGUACUGCGAGAAGCGCGAUCCCAACCUCGCCUACAUUGCCUAUAGCAAGGGCCAGAACGACCUUGAGCUCGUCAACAUCACCAACGAGAACGCCAUGUACAAGGCCCAGGCCAGGUACCUGCUUGAGCGUGGUGAUAAUGACCUCUGGAUGUUCGUUCUCAGCGAGAACAACCUCCACCGCCGUUCCGUGGUCGACCAAGUCAUCUCGACCGCUGUUCCCGAGUCGACGGAUCCCGCCAAGGUUUCUCUUGCGGUUCAAUGUUUCCUGAGCGCUGAUCUUCCAGCUGAGCUCAUUGAGCUGCUCGAGAAGAUUGUCUUGGAGCCAUCACCCUUCAGUGACAACCCGAACUUGCAGAAUUUGCUCAUGUUCACUGCUGCCAAGGCUGACAAGGCCCGCGUGAUGGAUUACAUCCAUCGUCUUGACAACUUCUCCGCGGAUGAGAUUUCUAAUGUCUGCAUUGAGGUUGGUCUGUUCGAGGAAGCCUUCGAGGUUUUCAAGAAGAUCGACAACAAGGAGGCGGCUGUCAACGUACUCGUUGAGCAUGUGGUUAGCAUCGAUCGUGCUCAGGCUUAUGCCGAGGAGGUCGACAUCCCUCAGGUUUGGAGCAGAGUCGCCAAGGCUCAGCUUGACGGUCUCCGUGUCAGCGACUCGAUCGAGUCUUAUAUCAAGGCGGAGGACCCCAAGAACUACGAGGAAGUUAUUGAGAUCGCUGUGGCUGCUGGCAAGAAUGAGGAGCUCAUCAAGUACCUGCGCAUGGCCCGCAAGACCCUUCGCGAGUCUGCCAUUGAUACUGCUCUUGCCUUUUGCUAUGCUCGCCUUGAUCAACUUGCCGAGCUCGAGGACUUCCUGCGGGCUACUAAUGUCGCCAACAUUGAAGAAUCCGGAGACAAGGCUUACGCCGAGGGCUUCUUCGAGGCGGCCAAGAUCUUCUAUACCAGCAUUUCCAACUGGGCGAAGUUGGCCACCACAUUGGUACAUCUUGAGGAUUACCAAGCUGCUGUUGACUGCGCGCGCAAGGCCAACAACAUCAAGGUCUGGAGAGAAGUCCAUGAGGCUUGCGUUGGCAAGAAGGAGUUCCGUCUGGCCCAGAUCUGCGGUCUCAACCUUAUCGUUGAUGCUGAGCAGCUUCAGGCUUUGGUUAAGCAGUAUGAGCGUGAGGGUUACUUUGACGAGCUCAUCAGUCUUCUUGAGCAAGGUCUUGGCUUGGAGCGUGCCCACAUGGGUAUGUUCACCGAGCUUGGCAUUGCCCUUUCCAAGUACCACCCUGAGCGGUUGAUGGAGCACCUCAAGCUCUUCUGGAGCAGAAUGAACCUGCCCAAAAUGAUCCGUGCUUGCGAGGAGGCCAACCUCUGGCCUGAGCUGGUCUUCUGCUACUACCACUAUGAUGAAUUCGACAACGCUGCUCUUGCGGUUAUGGAGCGGCCGGAAAACUCCUGGGAGCACCAGCAGUUCAAGGAGAUCACCGUCAAGGUUGCCAACCUUGAGAUCUACUACAAGGCCAUCAACUUUUACCUUGAGCAGCAUCCUUCGCUCCUUACCGACCUUCUCCAGGUCCUCACUCCUCGCAUCGAUGUCAACCGUGUUGUCCGCAUGUUCCAGAAGUCCGACAACUUGCCUCUGAUCAAGCCAUUCUUGCUCAACGUUCAGUCGCAGAACAAGCGCACUGUUAACGAUGCCAUCAACGAUCUUCUGAUCGAGGAGGAGGACUACAAGACUCUCCGCGACUCUGUCGAGAACUACGACAACUAUGAUGCUGUCGAGCUCGCCGGCCGCCUCGAGAAGCACGAUCUCGUCUUCUUCCGCCAAAUUGCCGCUAACAUCUACCGCAAGAAUAAGCGUUGGGAGAAGUCGAUCAACCUGUCCAAGCAGGACAAGUUGUGGAAGGAUGCCAUUGAGACUGCUGCCAUCUCUGGCAAGGCCGAUGUUGUCGAGGAGCUUCUCCGUUAUUUCGUCGACAUUGGCAACAGGGAGUGCUACGUCGGCAUGCUUUAUGCCUGCUACGACCUCAUCCGCCCUGAUCUUAUCCUGGAGCUCUCUUGGCGCCACGGCCUCCAUGACUUCACUAUGCCGUACAUGAUCAACCUCCUCUGCCAGCAAACCAAGGAGUUGGCCGCCCUCAAGGCUGACAACGAGGCUCGCAAGGCCAAGGAGGCUGCCGAGAAGACCGAGGAUGACAACACCCCCAUCCUGGGCAUGAACCGCCUCAUGAUCACCGCUGGUCCCGCUCAAGGCCGGGCCUCUCCCGCGUCUUUUGGCGGACAAACCAACGGAUUUGCGCCCCAACCUACCGGUUUCGGAUUCUAGAGGGUUGCACCGGUGGUAUUUGAGUGCCCUUGCGUUUACGAUCCCUACACGGGACGUUGGUUUUACCCUUAUCAGCAGCAGUAUUCCAUGAUGCCAGGCGAACCGGUGUAUGUGGAGGAGCUUGGUCGGGUUUCCAAAAGGUGUCUUCAAUCGCACAAGCUUCUUUGUUAGGGGGGCCAGGAGGAGAGGGUAUCUCAAAAGUAAAAGGAUUUCUUUACUUUUUUCUAGGGCAUGAUGGAUGGAAUUGAAGGCUGGGGCAUGCAGGAGGCUGUUUUUGAAAAUGUUGCUACCAUAAAUGUUAGUGUAUGAUAUAUUUGCCCUUGGGGCUUUUUCAAGUUUUUUAUUGGUGUUGCUUUUGCUUUUUCCGUGGUGUCUUUCGAAAAUAAUGAUGUGAUGUUGUGCAUAUAUGGUUGAAAACAUAUUGCUAUUUGGCC